CUGAACAGUACACAUAUAAUGAACAUUCAGUGCGUUUAUCGAUUCGUUUUAUCUUGUAUUUCAAAUCAUUUUUUCCUUAUCUGUACUCCGAAUACCUUUUACCCAAGACCACCAUUGUUAUCUAACACUUCCUGUUAGGUACAGAUAAGUAAGUUGUUUUAAACGCACAUUAUACCACGGGUAGUUUAUAUAGAGGAAAGCAGGAUUCAAUGUGUUUGUGUCAGGGGACCUGAGAGGCAGAAAAAAAAGUGAAAUUUCACUGAGAAAUGACUGAAAAAUAAGUUGUGGAUCAUCAAAAACAUACGGUGAAAGUUUUGGUUUCCACCUGAUAGGAGACAAAACAACCACAGAGAACAUUAAAAAAGAGCAGGGUUUAGUUUUAUCAUAACACAGACAAAAGUCAACAGAGACAGAACAGGAAACAAUGACAUCAACAAAACAGGGACAGGAAGUGGAUCUACCCAACACUGAACCAGAAGUAGUAUUACUGGGACACUCAACCAAUCUGACACAAGAAUCUUUAGACAGUGAAUCAAAAGAACAUUCUCCAUUGGAACAUCCAACGGAUCAGACACAAGAAAUGACUGACAUAGAACUAGAAACAUCAUCAUCAUCAACGCAUGGCCAGGAAGUGGUGUUUCCUCAUCCCAAACAGGAAAUGACAUCACCUCAACCAAAACAGGAAGUAGAAAUCCCUUAUACUGAACAAAAAGUAGAUUUACUAAAACAAAACAAUCAGGCACAAGAAUCAGUGACGGAAGACAAAGAUAUGAAUUCAUCCAAUAAGGUGAAGGAUGUCACCUCUGUUGCUAAGGCUUUAUCUACAGAGGACCAAAACCAAAAUGUCCAGAAGCGUCUUAAAGAAAUAUCUGAUUGCUGUCUUGUCCACAAAUCUGAGCAGAUAAUAUUGUUUUGUAAGUCAUGUGACAGACCUGUGUGUUCUCACUGUAUCAUAGACAGUAACCAUAGCAACCACAAGUUUUGUAAAGUUAGUGAUGUUGUCAGCAGUAAAAAACUGGAAUUGACAGAAAUAUUACAAAGUAAUGGCGAGGAAUUAUCUAGAGAUCUUAAAAACAAAAUCAAGGGCAUUGAAACACAGAAAGAGAAAGUGGUGGAGAAUUGUCAAGAAAUUUCUGAAGAAAUUUCUAAUCACAAAGCAAAACUAGCGCUAGAAGUGGAAAGAUGGUGUCAAGAUCUACAGUCUUCAGCGACAGGUCAUCUUCAAACACACACACAAUGCCUGGACAGUCAGAUGGUACAGUUACAGACAGUUAUCUCCAUCAUCAAAAUGUUUACAGAUAGUCCAACUUCCCUGAAGAACCUUGAUAAUACAAAGCUGCUUCUUGUCUUAGAAAUGCUUCACAAAUCCUCUGACCAAUCAGCCACAUCAGCUUUAGAGAUGGAGAAACCACUUGUUUUCACACCUGGAGAAGCCUGUAUCCAUUGUAAAGGAAGACCAUACGGACAUGUGACUGGGCUAGACAUAGAGGUGGUAUCUGACUCUGACAAUACGGAGGGGGUAGUUGUACCUCCGGGGAACAGCGUAGCCAAGGAAACUGAUGAUGAAUCAACAGACUCCGACAGUGUAUAUGAGGAUGCAGUAUCAGAUAUGAGAUACAAAUUCAAAGAUAAACCAAUUGAUAGAAUUGCUCCAAUUAGAAACAGAACUGCAUUUAUCCUUUCUGAGAGGAAGCUUUACCUUAUAGAUUUAAGCAAGACAAACAAAUGGACAGCGGAGCCUAAACCACUCAUGAGGGGUGUGGUACAAAUCACUCCAAUGACUGAACAUGGAAUAUAUGUACAAACAGCAUCCAGUACAGUCAUCAACAGAGUUACAGCACAGGGCAACGUCUACCGCUUUGCUGAUUUAGGUCAUCAAGAUUGGAAACUUCAAUUGGAACGCAUUGGAAUAGCAGAAUCUGGAAACGUUAUUUCAUGCACAGAGAAAUCCGUUUUGCGUGAUUACAGAGUAAAUAUAACAUAUUUUCAUGAAUACAACAAAGAUGGAGUUUUGGUAAAAUGUAUUGAUUCUAAACAAUAUUCCGAGUUUUCCAAAAAGAUACAAUCUUGUGAUAUUGUAAAGACAAAAUUAGCUGUGUUUUAUCUUGAUGCACCUUUUAGUUCUUCAAAGCCAAACAUAAAGGAUAUAGGAUGUGUAGUCAAUCUUCUGAAGCAAACAAGGUAUUAUGGAGCAAUAGGUUACAAACCAGCACAUCAGUUUUAUCCACGAGGGAUGUGUCAGGACGAGGCUGAUCACCUCAUAGUGUCCGACUACUGGAACCAUGCUGUACAUCAGUUGACCCCCGAGGGUCAAUUCAGAAAGUUCCUAAUGAGAGAAGAGGACGGUUUGACACACCCAAUAGCUGUUGCUAUGGACACGGAUAACUGCCUGUGGAUUGGUCAGCAAGAUGGAACAAUCCAUAUCAUCAACUACAGUAUGUCCCAUAAGUGUAUUGGAGAUGGAGACAGUUGGAUGAAAUUAACAAACAUCAGAUGCAAUGUAACUCAAAUGUUUAGCCAUUGAACUGAAUUGAUGUCCAAUGCCAUCCUUAAUACUCCAGGGGUUACACUCACUUUCGCUCUCUGCAUCCCUAAAAUAUAUCAUGACAAAAUCAAAGGCUCAUUGUGUGCCACCUUUUAGGAUUGGACCAUGAUAACUAUAUACUUAGUUAUGAACUAUUCCAACCUUUGAAAAAGCAGCUAUGGAGUUGGGAUCUCAACCGUUUCUGAGUUUUGAUGCAAGAACAAAUCCCAAGGAGCUUACAGGACCUUGGAGCAAUCCUGGUGGCAUAACUUUGUUUAUCUUUUCCUACCAAGCAAUUGUAUACAAAUGUACAUGGCUGUGGGUUGAGAAAUUCAGUAUGAUUUCUACUACAGUGUAUAUGACCCAGUGACUAAGUUCCACGUGACAGGGCUCUACCUCCGGGCCAAUACCACUGUAUUUGUCUACAUAAUAUUAAUGUGUAGCAGUUGCAUAUAUGGUGGUUUUGUAAGGAUCUUUAAUGUUUUUAUGUUAUACAUACCUGUGAUGACUUUUUGUUCUGAAGUAGGGAGAUUGGAUUUUUAGUAGGGAGAUUUUUAUUUAAUAAUCAUCCAUUAUUACCCUAUUUUUAGGGGAAAGAACAUCAUAUAUGUUUUCAGAUUCUCGAUCUAUUAAACUUAAAAUCCAGUGACUGAAGUCCACAAAGACAAGGCCGGACCCCAGGACCAAUUCUGGUAGCAUAAUUAUGAUUGAUACUUCAAGUUCAGCAUUUGUAUAUCCUAUGAAUUGGAGAUCUCAACCUUUUUCAUGUUAUCACAGAGUGACUAAUUGUCCCUGAGAGGUGGCUGGACCCCAAGGUUAAUCCUAGUCACAUCAAUGCAUUGUUUUCUCCCUGCUAAGCAAAAUACACUCAUGUAUCCGUAGGGCUAGGUCUAAAGUGUGACCCAGGGAUUAAGUUCCUAAUUUCCAUCCUUCAAGUUCCAUGGGUUACAAGCGUACUCAGUGAGUCUCACUUGUGGUAUCUGUAGGGGUGUCACAAUACGCCAAGAGUUUAUCACAAUAUAUUGCAAUACAGAAUGAAUAUAUUGCGAUAUACAUAU